GCUAGUUUCAGAUGAACUACAAUAUUAUAGCUAAGGCUUUCAAUAUUGAUACUCUUCAAACCAGAAGAUCUCAUAGUGAUUUAGGUUUUCUCUUUAAGAUUCUGAAUGGUUGGUAUUAUUGUCCAGCUCUUUUACAUAGCAUACAAUUUAACGCAUAUUACAGAAGCUGUGAUAACUCAAUGUUCCGCAUACCUUACCAUCGCGCAAAUUAUGGAGUUUAUUCACCCCUUACUAGAAUGCUGAAAGCGUGCAACUGUUUAAGAUUCUGAUGUGUUCCGUUUGAGUGCUGCCACUUAUUUCUAUUUAUUGUUAUUGUUACAUUUUGUUCUGGGUUCUAGUUGUUUGACUGCUGUUUUUCUCUCUUUGCCUUUAAUGAAUGUUAAAGUUUUGUAAAUUGUUUUGCUUAAAUUUUGAAGCUAUCUCAAUCUUCCUGGUUCUACAAUACUUAUUUUCCAAUUUAUUAAAGACCAUUGAAAAACAACGCCGAUCAGGAAAUAGUUUUCUGGGCCGUAGCAUGGUGGCGCUGUUUUCAUAACGAGUUUUAUCGCGUUAACCUUGGUUUCCUUUGGUCUGCAGUCGAUGGCGUUGCUAAGCGACCUGUUUAUAAGCAUGAAUAGUUUUGUCGAAAAUCUAUCUAUCGUUCGGAAAUGGAAUCGAGCGUGUGCGAGAUCCAAAAACUGGUGGAAUUAUUUAACGCCGGCUCUGGCGAACACGACGAAACCGAAGGGCGAGACGUCGAGGAUGGUCGGUCCUCAAUCACAGGUGGCGAUAAGCAUAUUGACCUCAACCACGUCAAAAAUCCGUACACCAAGUUGGAACCGCAAAAGACCACUGCGAUGGAAGACGAGGAAGCGGAAGUAUCCUUCGAAGAAUCCAAAUGGAAAGUGACGCCCUCCUGGGAUGUAUCAUACAAGCAGAGCGUGACGACCAAUGACGUGUUUCUGGGGAUGGGUUUCAAGACACCGUCGACUUCGAGCUGUGAGGCUAUGGUGGUGACGGUCGAUCUGCCGGGGCAGCGUGGUCCCAACAUCGACUUGAAAAUCUUCAAAGAUCGCCUGCGGUUGUCGUCGCCUAAAUUUUUCCUGGACGUCGCGUUGCCGCAUCCCGUGGAUCCCAAAAUGGGGAAUGCAGAGUUCGAUGCGGAAAGCCAAAAGUUAAAGGUGAAUCUGGUCAUGAGGAGGGAGCUGGACGCCGUUAAUUUCUGAUGGGGGAAAUUUUGUAGUUAUACUUGAAAACUUUGGACUUUGCGAACAAAAUAUGAUAGAUAAUUAAAACUUUUUCC